UCCAGCACGCGAAUCCUGCCGCAAGGAUGCCCGUGAACGCUGCUCCGUCGUCGCCGUCGGAUAAAUCACUCACACGGGAAGGGAAGCUCCGGGAAAAGGGAAAGUGCCAGCAGAAGCAGAAGCAGAAGCACAUCGCAUUGUGCCACAUUUAAAAAUGAAAACAGACGAAGGAAUGAAGUGAAGGCAGAAGCCAAAAGCCGUUUAAUAACUAAAUCUCACGGAGCCAUCGUUGGUCACGUUCUGAGACGGAUACACAAAAUGCCUCUCUCCGCGUAUCCUUCAAACUUACUGUGUGUGUGUGUUUGCGUCUGUAACUGUGACAGUGUCUGUGUGCUUCCCCCUGUCUCAGUGUGAGUGUGCAUACCUAUAGGGCUCUGGCUGGCACCUAAUGUGGCCAACAUACACAUACGCACAUUUCCGACCAAACGAAUAUAAUAAUACAAAGCCCACGUCCUUGUCGCUCGACGCGCUGUCAUCGUGUGUGUGCGUGUCCGUGGGUCCGUGGGUCCUUGCGCCUAUGUGUCCGUGUGUCCACUUCCGCCGAACGGAUAUAUUUUCGAAAUCCGCGCUAUUAAGCCACGCAGCCAAGUAAGCCAGGAAGCCAGUAAGCCAGACCAAAAUAAACCUGUGUAUGCGAUUGGGCCUCUUUUUUGACCAUUGUUGAACGGAUUGAUUGGUGAACUGUGACGUUGUCGAACGGCUUGAUUGCUGAAUUGCGGCAUUGUUGAAUGCGAAUGGUUAUUGUGCAACUGUUGAAUGAGCCAUGCCAGCAGGCCCGCCUAAUUAUUGCGCAUUGCGCAACCAAAUGUCAAAGCCAAGAUCGAGUGUAACGCAGUAGUAAAAUCAGGGAGCUCAAGGAUUGACCCGCUUGGAUUACGGAGAGGAUGACGCUGGUGUCAUUUGGAAGCCAUUGCCGAGACCCAUUAUUAAACCUUAAACCGUAAACGGAGCAAAUACAACAGCCGGCAGGAGCCGGAGCCCGAGCCGGAGCCGGAGCAGGAGCAGGAGGACUCCUUAGCCCUCAUCAAAGUAGCAGCCGUAGUAGCAGUCCGAGUGGAGAGCAUAAAACAUGUGGACAACGGACUGCCCGGGAGCGUUGAAAGCGAUUUGCCUGGUGCCGCUGUGGCUGCUCCUGUUCCUUGAUUGCGGCAUGGUCGGUGGCGAGGUGCCGCCGCAUUACUGGGAAACCCCGUACUCGCAGCCGUACUUCGACAACUCCUCGAGGCGUGAGGUCACCGCAACCGUGGGCCAGGCGGCCCUGCUGCACUGCCGCGUCCGGAAUCUGGGCGAUCGAGCGGUGUCCUGGAUAAGGAAGCGCGACCUGCACAUCCUGACAGUGGGAAUACUAACCUACACAAACGACCAGCGCUUCCAGUCGCUGCACUCCGAGGGAUCCGACGAGUGGACGCUGCGCAUCUCGUCGCCACAGCCGCGAGACUCGGGCACCUACGAGUGCCAGGUGUCCACGGAGCCGAAGAUCAGCCAAGGAUUCCGCCUCAACGUUGUGGUGUCGCGGGCCAAGAUCCUGGGCAACGCGGAGCUCUUCAUCAAGAGCGGCAGCGACAUCAAUCUCACCUGCCUGGCGAUGCAGUCGCCGGUGCCGCCAUCGUUCAUCUACUGGUACAAGGGCAAGCGGGUCAUGAAUUACUCGCAGCGCGGUGGCAUCAACGUCAUCACGGAGCGUUCCACACGGACCAGCAAGCUGCUCAUAGCCAAGGCCACGCCGGCGGACUCGGGCAACUACACGUGCUCCCCGAGCAGCUCAGAUUCCGCCUCCGUGGUGGUGCACGUCAUCAACGGGGAACAUCCGGCUGCCAUGCAGCACGGCAACAGCAGCGCCAGCUGCCUGCGUCCCCUUUCAGCCACGUCCGUGCCUUUCGUCCUUGCCACCUGGAUGUCGAUGACGGUGGCGGGUGUCGCCUGGAACUGUAACUUCAACGGCAACUGGAACUGGAGUCCCGACUGGCGCUGGCACUGGAACCGAAACUGGAAUUGGAGCAACCUGGCCGCCGGCCUAGUGGGUCUCUGGAGCUGGAGCUGAUCCGGAAGGCAGUAUCGCGCAGAUGCCGCCAUUGGUAGUCUAGGCCGCAAAAAGCUGAGCAACAGUCCCGGCCAAGUUGGGACUGAAUCACUCCUCCCCAGGUGCAUUUAAUGAGAGCGGCGGAGGAGCGUCUUACGAACUAGUGUGUACAUAUACAGUGUGUCCUUCAACGAGUAUUAUCUUUAAGACAUCCCCGAGCAGGCAGGCAGUAUUACGAAAGAAGUUUUAAUCAACCACAGUCAACAGGAAGAGUCCAGGCCACAUGCACUAUUCAUACGCAGGAAAAUUAAUGAGAAAGUAUAUCGUAUCGAAAUCCCAGCAGCUGUUCACCCAAAAAGCAGUGUUUUCAUUGUAUAACAUUUGAAAUUCAUUUGGAAUUCGUUUUACACAGGGUUAUAAUCACCGCAAAACCGGCCAAAAGUCAGCAAUUAUAGAGAACCUUUCGGUUUACAUUAUCAUUUGGGUUUAUUGAAGCUGAAAUGUCCGAUUGUAUAUAUACAAUACACAAACAUAAAUAAUUUAGGCCCUCGAUUGUUUAUUUAUUCAUACCGAAAUCAAACACCCUGCACGUUGGGAAGUGAAGUGAAUAGAUGGGGAAUGUAGCCCCGGCUAUAUUUAUAUAAAUAUAUAUAUAUAGAUGGUUAUUCAGUGUAUAUGGAUAAGUUUUUAUCUGGUUGUCAGCCGCAAAAUUGUUCUACGUAGUCCAUCAUCUAGUUACUGUGUAAAAUAUUCAUACUUGAUAAUUGUACAUUUAGAGGUCGGUUUUAAGCGGUCUUGAUAAGACUUUUAAGCAGUAAGAGCGAACGGAUCGAUUCGAUCGCGGUUGAACGCAAACCAAAUAGCGAAAAGAAAAACUUACACAAAUUAUUAAAACUAACGAAAAAAAAAAAGGUAAAUGAAGCUAACCUAAGCGGAGUCAAGUAUGUUUUUCUGUUUAAACAAUGCAAAAAUAA